AUGAAAACCCUAUAUUAUAUAUGCAAUUACCAGUCACUCUGGCAAAAAGUUGUGUUCCUCAUGUUAUUAAUCUCAGCUGAAGCGUUAAGGACUCUACAUGGAAGGAACGAAUCAAACAAGCCUGGAUAUAACUGUAUUCAUAAAAAAUAUCUAUUAGAAGAAGUUGAAGCAGCUCGUGAAGCAGCUUGUACAGGAUUCAUAUCAAAAAGGAUUCUGGCAAGACGUCCACUUGUUUAUUAUGAAGACAUUGAUGUCAACAAUAUGAUAUUUGGAUGGAGUCUUCCUCUAUCUCUACAAAAAGGUCCUAACGGUAAAUUAAGAAAAUUUCCAGACAAAAUCAUAUUUGACAAUAGAUGUGAAUUGAAAGAUGUUCUUUACUACAAUACUAAAUCACAUACAUAUGAUUCUUGCCACAAAGUACCUGAUGAUGUGCUAAACACGUCUUCCGAGAAGAAUCAAGCCCUCAAGAAGCCUUUCUUUCAAUGUGGAUCAAUAUCAUGGGAGCACGAAGAUAUUAAACAGUGGACUACUCAAAGCUUACCCAAAUCCCUUAAUAGGUUAGUUGAAAUGGAGCACACAUCUAAUAAAGUUAAUGGUCCAUGGAAAAAAGCUAUUUUAAAGAAAGAAAUAAUCAGAAGAAAUUUUAUGCAAAAUAUACCUUACGAAAUUAUACUAAAUAAACAAAAUGAGGUUAUUGGCGUGAUUGUAACACAUCAUAUAAGCCGAGUAUCGACAGUAUCCCCUUAUUUUAUUAAAGAUAUGAUUUAUAUGUCCACACGAAAAAAGAGCCGCGGAAAACAAACAAUCUGUCUUGAAUGCCACUUGGAUACAAAGUCUUCACUAGUUCCUCAAAAUCAAGAAUCCGGUCCGACAAACUCACGUAAGCGCAAGAAGCAAGCACAGCUAAGCUCCAGGAAAGAAAGAAGCAAUACGGACUCGGGCCAUUAG